UUGCUUUGUGCCCUCGGCAUAGAAUGUCUUAUAACUGAGUCCUGACAGAUAUUAGUUUACAGCCAUGAGUGAUUGGUCUUACCUGGCCAAACUGCUGGACAAGGUCCAGUCUCACUCCACUGUGGUAGGGAAGAUCUGGAUGAGUGUCCUCUUCCUGUUCAGAAUCUUCGUCCUGGGUGCUGCUGCAGAUAAAGUCUGGGGAGACGAAGUGUCUGAAUUCAAGUGUGACUCUCAGGAACCGGGAUGUCAACAUGCCUGCUACAACUGGAUGUUCCCAAUUUCUUACGUUCAUUACUGGGUCCUGCAAAUCACCUUUGUGUCAACACCCACCCUGUUCUACCUGGGCCAUGCUGUCCACAUCAUUCACAAAGAGAAGAGGAUGUUGGAGCAGUUGCAAAGCAACAAUAAUGGAAAAAUACUGAAGAGGCCCAAAUAUACAGAUGACAGAGGGAAGGUGAAGAUAAAAGGCAUCCUCUUUUGCACUUACAUGACCCAACUGAUCUUUAAAAUCUUUCUGGAGGUGGGAUUCGUUGUGGGCCAAUUCUUCAUCUAUGGACCCAUCAUCAUGGUCGCCUACUUCCACUGUACUAUUUCUCCACCUUGUGCUCGUUUCAGCGGUGCCCAGUGUUACAUUUCUCGUCCCACAGAGAAGACAAUCUUCAUCUUCUUCAUGCUUGUAGUUUCGGGCAUAUCUGUGCUCCUGAACAUUAUUGAAAUUAUCUACCUGAUUUGUAACAAGAGAAGAGACAGCAGGAAAAAGGUUCUAGCUCGGCAGAGCACGCUGAGUUCACCUAAGUACCCAUCCAACGCAACAUGGGGGCCAAUGAGCAACCAGUAUGGAGGCUCCCCAAUGCUGCCUCUGCCUGUUCACGGUGUGACAGGCCACUGUAGCGAUGAGAAACACAUCGACUGAAUCAGUAAAGAGAAGGACACCUGAUACAUGAAUCAAUGCUGAGUGUUUGCUCUUGUUGUUCUUUUGCUUAAUUUACACUAAAAUAUUCUUUUAUGUGUUCAAUAGUUUGAUCAUGUGAAAGGUUCUUUUUGAUUGAAUUAUCUGUGCUUCAGGAUAAUGGUAACAAUUUCCAAAUGAUCUUUGCUGUGUUUUUCAUCAACUUAAGUUCAAUCAAAUAAAUUAAUUUACAAAAAUAAGUGUUCACUAUACUGCACUCUGAUUGGACAAUAACAGCAGUUCCCCUGUGUCAGACAUGGUGAGUAGAGUACAGUUGUAAUUAUGGACACUGGAAGAAUUUAAGUCAAUCUUCAUUGAAGGAGGUGAAAGUGUUAUUAUAUACACAUAAUAUCACAUAAGUAUUGUAUUGACAAAAUGAGUUAACAAUGUGCUGCAAAAAAAAAUGUUUACAAUUUAGAAAAAGUUUGUUUAGUUCUGUCUGGAAUUAUUUUUGUACAGCAGCAGUUCUGAUGUGAUUCCGGUUGUAGUGAAUAGAUGGCAGUCAGAGAAUCCAGAGCACCUCUUCAGUAAAAUGAGACAGGUAUGUAAGAGGGGUAAAUCACAGUUAUAGUGAGUGAUUAACAGUGUUGGGGAGUAACUAGUUACAUGUAACAGAGUUACAUCAUUUAAUAACAAAAUGUAACUGUAAUCGAUUACAGUUACUGAGAAAAAUGUGUCAUUAAAUUACAGUUGCCUAUGAACAUGUUGAUAAUUACA